AAUUGUACUUUUCGUGGACACACUAUGUUUCACACGGUAUCAAUGCAAGCCUGUAUUUUACAGAAUACAGACACCAUUGAAUGUAAUGCUUCAAACUAGCUUAACAUACGCUAAGAAGAUCACUUCUUUUAUAAACCAAGGGCAGAGUCGUGAAGCAAUUAUUCUGUUCCACCAAGUUCACAAAGUUGGGUCCAAAAUCACAGAGUUCCUUCUCUCUGCAGUUGCUAGGGCCAGUGCUAGGGCUGCGGGAAUAACGGAAGGAAAGCAAGUUCAUUGCAUGAUACUCAAACAUGGGUUUGAUAGAGUUACGGUUUUGAUGACAUCCCUUGUUGAUAUGUACUCUAAAUGUGGUGGCAUAGAUGAAGCUCGAAGAGAGUUCGAUGAAGUUACUGAAAGAGAUGUUAUUGUAACAAACAGCAUGAUCUUUGGGUUGUGCAGAUUCCGUUUGACGUUGGAAGCUAUUGAGUUGUUUAAUGGUAUGUCCCAAAGAGAUGUGGGGUCUUGGAAUUCAUUGAUUUCUGGUCUGGCGCAAUAUUCAGAGGGAACGAUGGCGUUGUCUUGUUUUGAGAGGAUGAGAUUGGAAGGAUAUGAAGUUGAUGUUAUGACGAUGGUGAGUGUUGUUUCAGUUUGUGCUGAUAUUUUCUGCGUGAUUAAUGGAAAAAUGGUUCAUGGGUUAGUAAUUAGGCACGGGUUUGAGUCGUGUUUACCUGUUCAGAAUGCUAUUCUUGACAUAUUGAUUUCAAAGAUUGGAAAGAGGGAAAUUAUAGCGAGGGACUCAAGCCGAUUCCACCAUUUUAAAGAUGGAGUUUGCUCUUGUGGAGAUUACUGGUGAGCUUGAAAAACUAGAAUUACAUAAACAUGAAUUCGUAAUUAGAUUUUUUGCAACUUGUUAACACGCCACAAUCUCUUUCUGUAAAUACAUCAUUUUCGAUUUCCAAGCUUAUCUUAAAAAUAUAAAUUUUACAUUGUA